GCCAAUGAGAGGACAGGAUUCCAAUGAUCUAGCAAAAGGACGACGCGUCCAUGUAACGGGACUCCUCACAUCUGCGUUUACUACCAUCAGCCACAAAGCUCAUGCUUACGGAAUCGAGUGUAAUAUAAACCUCAAGAUGCAGUUUAUGCUGCUCUUUAGCAGGCAGGGAAAGCUGCGGCUUCAGAAAUGGUACGUGCCGCUGUCUGACACACAGAAAAAGAAGAUCUCCCGGGAGGUCAUUCAGAUGGUGCUGGCACGCAAACCCAAGAUGUGCAGCUUCCUGGAAUGGAGGGAUUUGAAAAUAGUCUACAAAAGAUAUGCCAGCUUGUACUUUUGCUGUGCUGUGGAGGACCAGGAAAAUGAAUUGAUAACCCUGGAAAUCAUCCACAGAUACGUGGAGCUGCUGGACAAAUAUUUUGGCAGUGUUUGUGAACUGGACAUUAUUUUCAACUUUGAGAAAGCCUAUUACAUCCUGGAUGAGUUCAUACUGGGUGGUGAAGCCCAGGAGACAUCGAAGAAGAAUGUUCUGAAGGCCAUAGAGCAGGCAGACAUGCUGCAGGAGGAAGCCGAGACACCACGUAGUGUUCUGGAGGAGAUUGGACUGACAUAAAUAAUGAGAACUCAUCAAACCCAAGCACUGACACACAUCUCCCUUUCUUUUUUCUGUGGGCAUUUUCUCAUUAUUUGUAUUUUAGGUUAGCUUGCAGUCACAAGUAGUCUUUAAAAUGAUCAGCACUUCCUGCACAGUUAGAUAUUGACGCUUGUAUUUCUACUGCCAAACAUCUGAGGGAAUCGAGCAUGUUGAAAUGUUCAUGCGUUAGUAGUUAUGCAAAUUUCCCAUAGUGUUCAGGCUGUUUAGAUUCAGGUUUGGAUCAGUACAUGUGUAGCAAAGUUUAGGUGUCAACAUCCCUACAUAUUUCCAGUGACGUCUUCUCUGUAGAUUUUAAGCAUUACCUCUCACCUUCAGCUGCCUUAAACGCUCAUUUCCAGCUCACGCUGUUCGCCAGUAUCUUAUGCAACUUUCAGCAGAUCCGAGUCAAUGGGCUGUCACUGUUCAAGACCAAGACGUGCUGAAGUGCUACGGACCAAACGUUAUUAUUAAGCUCCAAAGGGGGGGAAAUAUAUAAUGUGAAUUCAAUAGUCAAUAUUUUUUGGCAUAAAAUCAUAGAUUGUAUUAAGGCACAAGUAAACAUCAGUAUUAGUAAAUUCCUGACCAGAAACACUGUAAACACUUAAUUGGUUUCAGGCAUAUCAGGCAUUUGCCAUUCAACAGCUAACCGUUUUGUUUCCAAUGCCAAAGAAUUGUCUCCACCAUCCUCAUGCCUUUUUUCCUUAAAAUCAUCUUUGUAUGCUGUCGUAUUGGAGUUUGAUUUUUGGACUUCCUCUUGAAAAUAGCUUUUCAUCUAAAGAAAAGAAUAAAAGUCAGAUAUUGCA